CUAAUCAAACUCAAUUAUAUUCUUAUCCAUUCUCUGCUUCUAUAUAUCACUUUUUUCAUGCACAUUCCUUGGAGGGUUUAAGAGGAGAAAGUCUUUGAGUACUCCUUGUUUAAGAUUGAUGUUAACAAUUUGAAGGAGGUAGAGAGAAUGUGGAAGCUAAAGAUAGCAGAAGGGGAAGGGACAUUGUUGACAACCACCAAUAAUUAUAUUGGAAGACAACAUUGGGAAUAUGAUGAAGAGGCUGGAACUCCUCAAGAAAGAGCUCUUGUUGACAAAAUGCGCAAAAAUUUCACCAAAAACAGAUUCCUUCAAAAACAAAGUGCCGACUUACUCAUGCGUAUGCAGCUAAGAAAAGAGAAUGGAUGUGGACCAAUUCCAGCAGGAGUGAAGUUAGAUGAAUCAGUAAAUGCAACUGAAGAAGUAGCAAAGACUACACUUAAAAGGGGUAUAAGCUACUACUCAACAAUUCAAGCACAUGAUGGCCAUUGGCCGGCUGAAUCUGCCGGCCCUUUAUUCUUCCUACCCCCUCUGGUCAUGGCACUGUAUGUCACUGGAGACUUGAAUGCGAUUUUAUCACCAGCCCAUCAAAUGGAGAUUAAACGCUAUGCUUACAAUCAUCAGAACGAAGAUGGAGGUUGGGGAUUUCAUAUAGAAGGACACAGCACAAUGUUUGGGACAGUAUUUAAUUACGUAGCACUGAGGUUGCUAGGAGACAGAAAAGAAGAUAAUGCAUUGGCUAAAGGGCGUAAAUGGAUCCUUGAUCAUGGUGGUGCUGUUGCUACUCCUUCUUGGGGAAAGUUUUGGCUCGCGGUGCUUGGAGUAUAUAAAUGGGAUGGUUGCAAUCCAAUGCCACCAGAAUUUUGGAUACUGCCGACAUUAUUUCCUAUUCACCCAGGAAAAAUGUUGUGCUACGCUCGUUUGGUGUACAUGCCCAUGUCGUACUUAUAUGGAAAGAGAUUUGUAGGAACCAUAACUAGUUUGGUCCAUUCUAUAAGAGAUGAGAUCCACACUCAACCCUACCAUGAAAUUGAUUGGAAUAAAGCAAGGAAUACAUGUGCUAAGGAGGAUCUUUACUAUCCACAUCCACUUAUUCAAGAUACACUUUGGGGGUUCCUUCAUCACUUUGCUGAGACUGUGUUAAAGAGAUGGCCCUUUACCAAGUUGAGAGAAAAGGCUUUGAAUCUUGCCAUGGAACAUAUUCACUAUGAGGACGAAAAUAGCAGAUAUAUGUGCAUUGGAUGUGUGGAAAAGGUUUUAUGUCUUAUGGCUUGUUGGGUGGAAGAUCCAAAUUCAGAAGCAUAUAAACGUCACCUUGCUCGCUUACCAGAUUAUUAUUGGAUAUCUGAAGAUGGUUUAAAAUUUCAGACCUUUGGAUGUCAAACGUGGGAUGCAGUUUUUUCAAUCCAAGCAAUCUUAUCAAGCGAUGUAGCUGAAGAAUUUGGGCCAACCCUCAAGAAAGCAAAUGAUUUUCUAAAAGCAUCACAGGUGAGGGAGAAUCCUUCUGGGGACUUCAGGAAAAUGUAUAGGCACAACUCUAAAGGUAGUUGGACAUUUUCCAUGCUAGAUCAUGGUUGGCAAGUCUCUGAUUGCACUUCUGAAGGGUUAAAGUGUGCACUUUUAUUUUCACAAAUGCCUACAGAACUUGCUGGGGGGAAAUUGGAGACUGAGCGCUUAUAUGAUGCAGUAAAUGUUAUUUUGUCUCUGCAGAGUGAAAAUGGUGGUUUUCCAGCUUGGGAGCCUCAACGUGCCUAUCGCUGGUUGGAGAAAUUUAAUCCUACGGAAGUUUUCGAGGAUACUCUAAUUGAACGAGAGUAUGUGGAAUGCACUUCAUCAGCAAUCCAAGCUUUAGCAUUGUUUAAAAAGUUACACCCUGGGCAUCGAAGAAAGGAGAUUGAAGUUGCAAUUACUAAAGGUUUACAAUACAUUGAAAAUACACAAAACCCUGAUGGCUCUUGGACGGGUUCUUGGGGAAUUUGCUGUACAUAUGGAACAUGGUUUGCAGUGGAUGGAUUAAUAGCUUGUGGAAGAACCUAUACUACUUGUCAUGCCCUUCAAAAAGCUUGUCAAUUUUUGCUGUCAAAGCAAUUGCCAGAUGGUGGAUGGGGUGAGAGUUAUCUUUCAAAUUCAAAUAAGGUUUACACGAACAUUGAAGGCGAUCAGUCAAAUUUAGUACAAACUUCAUGGGCAUUGUUAGCUCUCAUUAACGCUGGUCAGGGGGACAUUGAUCCAGCACCAAUAGAUCGUGGAAUAAGAUUAUUAAUAAAUUCACAAACAGAAGAUGGUGACUAUCCACAACAGGGAAUAACAGGGGCAUUCAUGAAGAACUGCACCUUGAACUAUGCAUCAUACAGAAAUAUCUUCCCAAUAUGGGCUCUUGGACAAUAUCGCAAACAUUUUCUGAUGAAACAGGAGUAGAAUCCUUGAUAUUCAUUUUCAUUUAGUAAUUCAAUAUGUAUACUAAAAGAAUAUGUAUUUUAUGUUCCCUUUUUUUCCUCUCUAUUUUCAUCUUUGCUAAAAAGCGA